AAUAUAUAAACCCAGCCAUGACACACUUGUGAUUAACUUAACCCAGACAAGAAAAGCUUCCUUCUCUUGCUCCUGUUGUUCAAGAUAGACUACUCCACAAUGGAAGAUGAGUUAAUUCUCUUGGAUUCCUGGGUCAGCCCUUUUGGGAUGAGGAUGAGAAUCGCUUUGGCUGAGAAGGAUCUCAGCUAUGAAUUUAGAGAAGAGAACCUCCAAGAAAAAAGCCCAUUUUUGCUGCAGAUGAACCCUGUUCAUAAAAAGAUUCCUGUAUUGGUCCAUAAUGGAAAACCCAUCUGUGAAUCACUCAUCAUUGUUCAAUACAUUGAUGAGUUUUGGAAGGACAAAUCCCCUCUGUUGCCCUCUGAUCCUUAUAAGAGAUCACAGGCUAGGUUCUGGGCUGAUUACACUGACAAGAUGGUUUAUAGCUGUAUGAGGGGAAUAUACAGUGGAAAGGGAGAAGAACAAGAGAAAGCCAAGAAGGAAUUCAUAGAGGUCUUGAAGGUUUUGGAAAGAGAGCUUGGAGACAAACCUUACUUUGGAGGUGACAAUUUUGGGUUUGUGGAUGUGAGCUUUAUCCCCUUCUAUAGCUGGUUUUAUGCCAUGGAGAAAUUAAGCAACUUUAGUAUAGAAGCUGAGUGCCCAGAACUGGUUGCUUGGACCAAGAGGUGUAUGCAGAGGGAGAGUGUGGCCAAGACCCUUCCUGACCAACACAAGGUCUGCGACUUUGUUCUGCAAAUGAGGAAGAGGUUUGUUGCAGAUUAGAGAAGAGAAAAUUAAGGGGAGAGAGAGAGAGAGAGAGAGAGAGAGAGAGAGAGAGAGUCUUUUGGAUUUCAUGUCAUGUUAUAAGAUGUUGGAUUUUGUAAUUCUUGUCACUAGUUUGAAACUGAUCCCAUGUCUGUGACUCUGUAGAUGAUACUGUAUUGUAGUGUCGUUUUAAGGUUAUGUUACUUUGAAAUAAAGAAACUCUCAACAUUUUGUUGAGAUUUUUAUAACA